AUUGUUGAACAAACUAAGUUCCACUCUACACCAUCAACCUAAUUUGCUUAUAUCAAAAUCUCACAAAUUUGAUGUUGAAUAUUUUAAAAUAACAAAUAAUAUAAAGUUUUAUAUAUACUCCUUUUGUUCUCUAUUAUAAGAACAAAUUUUAGUUUUUCUUUUCAAUUGUUAGAUUUUUUGUAUUUCCGUCCGUUAUUCAAUAAAUUUAAAAAUUGAAUUUUUCUUAUAGUAAGAAUUAGAAAUUUAUAAAAAAAAAAGUUUUUUUUUUCUUUUCUUUUUUUGAAAUGUACUGAAAGGAAAGAAGCAAGGAAAGAAUCAUUCAUUUUCCAAUAAAAAAUGUCAGUUAGCAGAAAUAAAAUAAGACCUGUUUCUCUGCAUAGCUGACAGACAACUAUGAAGUCAUGCACAUAAAUAUUUUAACCAAGUUUUGAUUUUUCCAUAUUUAUUUUCCCAUUAAUAUUAGUAAAAAUUAACAAAACCUUUCUUUCUCUUUCAAUUUUCACUCUCUCUUGCCACCACUACACUCCACAUCUCACUAUACUACACUUUCUCACUUCCAUAACUAGCUUUGUACCUUCUCAAACAUUAACACCUCACUCUCUCUCUAACUCUCUCUCUCUCUCUCUAAAAAACUCUGCAAAUUUCAAGUGGGGUUAAAAAAAAAAUCAUAUUUUUAUCAUCACAGUAACCUGCAACUAAACUAGCUUUCAUUACAAACCAACAAAAAAAGUUUCAAGCUUGAACACUACCCACAAAUUAUUACCUCAUAAACUUCAAAUGGGUAUGUUUGAAAUGAACUCAAAAUCAUUCUAAUCAACAAAUGAGUUUGAUUUUGUGUUGUUUGGUGAAUGGGUUGCAUGGUGUCAUCUUUAGCUUCCAAAUUUGCUUUUUUUCCACCUUCACCGCCGACGUAUCAGCUGAAAAAGUGUGACGACGGUAAACUCACGGUGGUUUCUACGGCGUCUCCGAUUCCUCAUCCUGAUGAUAACUCAUUGGAUGUUCUUCUUGUUGACACAAAACAUGGAAACAAGAUUGUUGCUUUUUAUCUUAAGAAUCCUUAUGCAAGAUUAACUUUGCUUUAUUCUCAUGGCAAUGCUGCUGAUUUGGGUCAACUUUAUGAUCUCUUUGUUCAACUUAAGGUUAAUCUCAGAGUUAAUCUCAUGGGAUAUGAUUACUCUGGAUAUGGGGCCUCUACUGGCAAGCCUAGUGAAUCCAGCACAUAUGCUGACAUAGAGGCAAUAUAUGAAUGCCUUGAAACCGAAUAUGGAGUUGGUCAAGAGGACGUGAUCUUAUAUGGUCAAUCAGUUGGAAGUGGACCAACAUUGCAUUUGGCAUCUAAAUUACCGAGGCUGAGAGGCGUGGUUCUACACAGUGGCAUUCUUUCUGGUCUCCGAGUUCUUUGUCAUGUGAAGUUCUCUUUUUGCUUUGACAUUUAUAAGAACAUUAACAAAAUAAAGAAGGUCAAGUGUCCUGUACUUGUAAUACAUGGAACAGAAGACGAUGUUGUCAAUUGGUUACAUGGUAACAGACUAUGGAAAAUGGCAAGGGAGUCAUACGAACCCUUAUGGAUCAAAGGAGGCGGUCAUUGCAACCUCGAGCUUUACCCUGAUUACAUACGCCAUCUAUGCAAAUUCAUCCAAGAAAUGGAGAACAUGACAACCGGAAAACGCCUCAAAAAGAUCCGACAAAGUCUAAAUUCAAAAUCAAACACUUGUUCCGCAUGUACAUGCCGUGGAAUUACGUCUUGUUGUAGCUGCAAAUGCAAGUUACCUAAAUGCUCUAACUGCUGCAGCUGCAUAAAUUUCUCCUUGUCAAUCAAUUGUCCAGAUUGCUGCUGGAAACCUAACUGCUUCAAGUGUUGUUGCUUACCGAAGUUAACAAAUUGUUUCGGAUCAACUUGCUGCACAAAAUGCUCAAGGCCUAGUUGCUGUUGUGUUCCAAAAUGUUCAUUGCCUUGUUGCUACCCUACAUGUUCAAGACCAAGUUGUUGCAUAAGUUGUUUCUGUUGGCAAUGUUUUAUGGGAAAACACAGUGGAAGAAAUGGAAAACAAAGAGGAUAAUGGUUAUAAGUUAUAACAAUGCAAUGUAUAAGAGAAUAUAUAUUGUGAAGUUGGUGUACAAAGAGGAGGAAUUAUUGUAGAGGAUUGAUAUAUGUGAUGAAAUUUAGUAUCCUCUAUAUCUUUUUGGGUUAUUUAGAGUUUAUGAAGUUCUAAUGUAAUUUUUUUUACUCAUAAUUCAUAAACAUUGGUGUUUUAAUUAAUUAAGUAUUAAAGUAGUUGAAUUGUUUGUAGUACUA